ACUUUUGCCAGACUUUCAUACGUUUGGCUUACACAUAUUACAGAUUUCAGAAAAUAAAAAGAGUAAUUGAGGACAUAGGUGUAAUUCAGAAAAUUGCGAAAUAAAGCUAUCAAUUUAGUAAUAGUCAGUAUAUUAUUAUGUCAUAAUAUAUUACUACUGGCAGUACUACCGUAAAAAUACAAACACAAAAUAAAAACUAAGCCGCCAUGAAAAAAGAAAAUAAAUAAGUUUAUUCCGUAUUUGAGAGGCUUUUGCCUCAUGAAUAUGUGUCAUAAAUGGUAUAAAGUUUAAGAAAUUGAUAGUAAAAACAGAAACGACAAAUGACUGAAAAAGAAGUUGGCUAUAAGCCUGGUUUCGAGACACUGAAACGUAAGGUACACUUUAAAGAAACUGCCAAAACUGAAAGUGUGGAGAGAAAAGCAAGUCCAGAGAAAAGUGAGUCUAAAUUUCUCUCUGGGCAAACCAGCCAUGAAGAAAAUAUGGUUGUUAAGAACACCAUAACUAUAACAGUAAUUCCUGAUGAAACUGAUUGCUUACAUCCUUCUGCUGGUGGUCUAGGAACAAAUCCACCAACUAUAUUGGAAAAUAAUGGAUUGAAUAUUUCAAAUACGCAAAACACAAAACUUGAGGAGAAUGCACGCCUUCAAUUGCUUAAAGAUAUUUUGGAGUUCCCAGUUAAAAUUGAGUCUCUACCAACUGCAGAGAAAGUGCUUAGGCAUAAGAAAAAGUACAUUGAUCUUGGUAACAAACAGCUGGAUGCAAUACCUGAAGAACUUUAUGAAUUUGUUGAGACGGAGGAAUUACAUUUGGAGCAUAACCAACUACAAUGCAUGCCUCCUGAACUUGGCUGUCUAGUAAACUUAAGGAUUCUGUACAUGGACAACAAUAAACUUGAAGAUGUGAAUGAUAAUAUCGCUUCCUUGCAAAAUUUGAUUUCACUUGACCUCAGUUUUAAUCCUUCACUCAAUCUUCCUAUUUCUUCAAUUGCUCGACUUGCAAAUUUAACCGAUUUGCGCUUAUAUAACAUUAAUUUAAUGGAAUUUCCCACCAAGUUCUGCCGAUCUAUGCUACACCUAGAACUGCUUGGUAUCUCAAACAACAACCUAAGAAAUUUGCCCCCAGAAAUGGAACGACUUAAAAAGCUAAAAGAACUAUACGUGGAAAAUAACCAAUUGGUUGAUUUCCCACAAUGUAUUUGCUCACUGGCCAAUCUUAAGGUUCUUGACUUGGAUGGAAACAGAAUAUACAGAAUACCCCAACAAGUUGCUGGCCUUGUGUCUUUGAACCAACUUCAUUUGGCCCGUAAUGCACUCACUAGUCUUCCUGAUGCUUUGUGUCUGCUUGAAAACCUUCAACUCUUAGACCUUGGCCUGAAUGCGUUGUCAGCCCUUCCAGAUUCAAUUCAGUGGUUGACAAAUCUUCGCGAAUUUAAUGCCAGUUUUAACCAUCUCCGAGUACUGCCGCAUAAAUUUUACAAGCUAGUAGAGCUAGAAGUGUUGCAUUUACGUGGCAAUCUGCUGCGAAAUUUGCCAAAGAGAAUUUCUCGAUUGAGGAAACUGAGAUACCUGGAUGCAAGCUCUAACAGGUUGCUCCAUCUGCCCGCAAACAUUUGUGCGCUAACCUCACUACAAAUGUUGGCAUUGGAUGAUAAUGAAUUACAAGAUCUUCCUGAACAUUUUGGAAAUUUAAAGUCAUUGGCUAUUCUUGGUUUAACUGGGAAUCAAUUUGAAGAGUUUCCUCUGAGUUUAUGUUCCGUAACUUCACUGCAAAAACUAUAUCUUGGGCAAGAUCAAGGCAAGCCGUUUACAAGAAUACCAGAGCAGGUCCAAUAUUUAAAAGAACUUGAAGAAUUAUAUCUGGAUAAUAACUUGCUGAUUACUUUGCCUCAUGUUUUACGACAUUUGAAAAAGCUGAGAAUUUUUGAUAUUUCAAACAACAGACUAUCUACAUUACCUGCUACUUUUACAGAAAUAACCUGGUUGCAUUCAAUAAAAUUGGACAACAAUGAUCUUGACAAACUGCCAGAAGAAAUUGACACUUUCAAAUCGCUUAAAGUUUUAAGUGUUAAAAACAACCCAAUGCAAUAUCCACCGAAAGAAGUUUGUGAAAACGGUCUUGAAAGUAUUCUUGCUUUCAUUACUCAUGAGAAAAAUGUUCGUAAACGAGCCAUAGCGAUUCAGGCUUGGUGGAGAGGAAUGAUGGUACGGGGUGGACUUGGUGUUUUUAACACUGGGACUAAAUCUAAAAAAGGAAAAAAAGGCCAAAAGAGUUCAGCGAAGGGAAAAAAGAAAAAAUAGUUCUUUGUAACUGAUACAGUAAAUCAUGUUACAUACGAUUUGUUGCAUUUGAUUUGUGUUACAAGUACAUUUGCAAAUGACCAUUGGUCCAUUAUAAAGUUCUAUAUGUUUGUAUUAUGUUACUGAAGGCUAUUUGAGAUAUUAUAUGAUAUACUGUGAAGUAAUGUAGUGGUUGUACACUUGCACUUUUCUUUAAAGCAAUAUAGAUAAGUUUUUUCCCAGUAAAUGUUGUGUUUAACAUAUUUAAAAACUAGUGAACCGCUAUUAAUAUUUUCACACUACAAUAAUUCUACAUUCAAAAAGGAACUUUAUUACAAUUCUAUAUUUG